AUGUCGGAUGGAACAAGUUCAGAUUGCGGUUACGGUGCAAAUAGAAUAAGUGAAUUCCAAAUUUCCAGUAAUACAGCCGAUUCGGGAGUUGUCACAGAAAUCGUCAAUAAGCUCGAGCAUCCAGCGCGUGGAAAACCUCAAGUUGUUGUACCACCACCAUCAGGAGUAACACCAGGACCACCUCAAAAACCACAAACAGCAGCACCACCUGAGCAGGGAACAACAAAGGCAGCAGAUCAAGCACCACAAACAAAUGUACCAGCAGCAACCCAAGGACCAAGUUUACAAACGUAUUUUGGACCAGAUGUAUCAGUAUAUGAAGUAACAAUGCACCCACCAGGACCAGGUGAACAAGCAACUCCAGAAUCAGGGAGCUUGCCACCAGAUGGAAGGGUACCUCCAGGAUCAGGGCUAUCGCCAGGAACAGGGUCACCAGAUGAAGAGGCCGCCGGUUAUGGCAAUGGGAAGCUGAUUAUCAUGUCGGAUGGAACAAGUUCAGAUUGCGGUUACGGUGCAAAUAGAAUAAGUGAAUUCCAAAUUUCCAGUAAUACAGCCGAUUCGGGAGUUGUCACAGAAAUCGUCAAUAAGCUCGAGCAUCCAGCGCGUGGAAAACCUCAAGUUGUUGUACCACCACCAUCAGGAGUAACACCAGGACCACCUCAAAAACCACAAACAGCAGCACCACCUGAGCAGGGAACAACAAAGGCAGCAGAUCAAGCACCACAAACAAAUGCACCAGCAGCAACCCAAGGACCAAGUUUACAAACGUAUUUUGGACCAGAUGUAUCAGUAUAUGAAGUAACAAUGCACCCACCAGGACCAGGUGAACAAGCAACUCCAGAAUCAGGGAGCUUGCCACCAGAUGGAAGGGUACCUCCAGGAUCAGGGCUAUCGCCAGGAACAGGGUCACCAGAUGAAGAGACAAGCAAGACAUGA